UCAUGGAAAGCACCAAGGAAUGGAAGCAUGAACCUGAACCUGAAGAGCUUGUAGCUGAGGAUGCAACAUUGAAGAAUGCUUGGAAACAAGAAGAAUACAUUGGUCUUGGACGAAGCUUGAUCAUCCAAGACACACUUACCACACUUCAAGCUACUCCACCUUCAAGCUGAUCAUCAUCUAGGCAAGUAGCUUGUGUGUGCUCUUUUCCUAACCUUUGGUUUUGUCCCACUGGGUUUUCCAAAGGAAGGUUUUUAACGAGGCCACAAGUCUACUUCUCCUAUCUCCUAGAUGAUUGAUCUUGGUCUGUCCACAUGAAGACCUUAUGUUAUAUAUUAAGCUAUGUUUUUAUGUUAUUUAGUUUUCGAAAACUCUUAAGUCCUGGUCUUUGUUGUAUUUUCGAGAGGAGCCUAUGUCUUUACUCCUUUUCUUAUGUUUUCGAGAAGCUGUGCAUGUACAGCCUUCUCCCUUUAUAUGCUGGAUGAAAUUGACAGCCCUAGGUGUCUAAGGAGGUGUGUCAUAUCCAAUCUAGCCAUCUAAAAGUGUCAAGGAGUCUCUUCCGCAACUCUUUGAAUCAUCAAUCAAUCCACAUGCCUUGAGAAACUUGAGUCUUUUGAUUCGUUUCUGCAAGGAUUAUCCCAUCUGUUCCAGAGCCUUCCUAGGAUCGUGUCAAGUGGUAUCAGAGCAACUCUGGAAGGGAAGUGUUCAUUUUUCUCUCUAAUUUUCGUUGGGUCCUUUCAUAUUCAUGCUAAGAACUGAUAGAUCUGUGCUGUGGCUGUCGAAAUUUGAUAAAAUUGAGUUCUUUGAUCACAAUUCUGAGUUUAGACUUUUCAUAUUAUUGCAGAGAAAUCAGAUCUGUGUUUGUUUGUCUAAAAUCUGUGAGAUCUGUUUCUGUUUAAUUGAUCAAUCUGUUUCAAUCUGUUCUAAGUUGUUUUAGGUUGAAUUUCAAAAUUAAUCUGAGUUGUUUUUGUUUGAAUUUCGUUUUGAUCAGUUUCUGAUUUGUGUUAACUUGAAUCGAUCUGUUUCUGUUGUUGUGAAUCUGUUUGUGUUUAAUUUGAGUUUUUUUUUUCUGUAGAACUUGUUACUGUUGUGUUUUGUUUUCUGUUACAGGUACCAUGGCAGGAGAUCAGAAGGGAAAACUCACUAAGAAAGAAAGGCUGUUGCUUGAACAAGAGAAUCAAAUAUUGGAGGAGUGGUUACAAGUGUUGAAGGAUAUGGAGAAGCAACCCAAAAGGACUAGAAGAGCACGUCUAUCCUUUGAAGCAAAGAAUCAAGAAGCAGUUACUACUGUCUCAGAACUCAAAGUUGCAGAACCAGACUCAGCUACAUCAUUUCAAGAAGCUCAAACCGAAACAUCUUUGGUAAAAGGAGAGUUUGAGAAAGGACAAGAGUUUUCUCUGUUCUUAUCUCAGUCUGAAUUUAAUUUUAAUAAUUCCUUUGAUGAACUAACUUGUCUUGAACCGGUGCAACCGAGUAGAAUUGUUUCAGUGUCACAGGUUGCAAAAGAAGACUCAGCAGAGAAAGAACCAGAACAAGCAACACAAGGAGAAGAGUUGGAACAGCUGAACAUCUUGCAGUCUGAAACAUCUCCUGAAUCCUUGUCUUAUGACCUGCAAGAGCAGUGUAAGAAGAUUAAUAUGGUUGUCUCUGUUCCUGAAAUGUUUGUUAAAGUGAGCACUGAAGAUAUAAAACGUUUUGGUCUUGACAAAAUAAAAGAUUUUUGUGUUUCAAAACCUGGUUUUGAUAACAUGUCUAAAUCUUUUAAGGAACUUAAACCAGAAAACCUCUUUGAUCAAAAACGUUUUCAAACUGAUAAUAACCAUCUUUCUGGUCAUGUUUUGAGUCUUGAUCAUUUUAUGAAGCAUAGCAAAAGUUUUGAUCACUAUGAAAAGGUUUUUGAGCCUGAUUUGAAACAAUCUGAUUUCUGUUUUAAGCCUUGUGAUUUAUUUGCUAGAACUGAAGAUAAGAGUUUUGUUGAGAACUUUCCUAGGCAUGAUCUGAUCACUGAUAAUUUUCUUGCAUCUACUUGUCUCUUGAAAGAACCUAGGAAGUUUCAUGAACCGAAAUUGCAUCAAUCUGAUAUUAGAUUUGAUUUUGUGAAGUCUGCAAAGUUCUCUGAGUUUGAGAUUGAUUGUUUGUGUGCUGAAAAUGAUUUUAAACGUGUAGGGUUGUUCUUUGAGGAUAUUCUAGUGUAUAACACUUUCUUUGAUAAACCUGCUACACAACUGAAAUUAGAGUUCAUUGAUUCUGAGUGUGUGAACUUGUUCCUUACUAACAUUUGGGUCUGUAAUAUUUUAUUUGAUAAGCUGAAUAGAUGGAGGAAUCAUACUGUUUUGUGUUUUGGAGAUAUUUUUGUCUACAAUACUUUCUUUGACAUGAUAAUCCACUUGACUUGUCCAAAAGAAGCUGAGAAAGGUACAGGUGAAAAGAGGGGCUAUAAGUAUCAGAGUAUCAAAGAUGAGUCCUUAGCUAAGUUGGAGAUGCAACAAGAAAUCUUUGAAAGCUGUCUAGCCGCCAGAUUUGACAUAGGAGCAGUCCGAGGAUCAUAUCUCAACAACCACAAGGAAUUAUUCAACAAACUCGACUGCUAUGGAAACUUAACUCAUGAGGGUCUCACGUCGAAUUGGAAUCACGACCAAAUCUUCUCAGAGCCAUGUGCAGAUUAUAAGGAAGCUUGGAAGCAAUCAAGGAGAAAGAACAAGCGUGAGGAAGACAAUCGGUUCAAGCCACCUGAUCUGAACAAGAACCAACAUGUCCCUGGCUUUAUCCUCAUCAAAGAAGCACCUCCAGAUGAAUCAUACAAGCCAGAACCAAGCAGAAACAAAUUUGGGAUAAGACUCUUACUCUUUGAUAAACUUUUAUGUGCUAACUUGUUUUGUUUUAUUGCAUCAGGAGUAAGGAGAGCUAACUGGAUCAGUGUUUCUUCUAUAUCCGAAUCAAACAGCAACAAUGCCUAUCUAAGAGGCUUGCAAGGUAAGUGUAAUCUGAUUUCAAACUUCUAUGUUGCUGAUUUGGUCCCCUUUAUUGCAGGUAAAGCAGAUUUGAGGUCAAAUCUUUUUGAAGAAGGAGGGGAUGAUAUGAUCAUGGAAAGCACCAAGGAAUGGAAGCAUGAACCUGAACCUGAAGAGCUUGUAGCUGAGGAUGCAACAUUGAAGAAUGCUUGGAAACAAGAAGAAUACAUUGGUCUUGGACGAAGCUUGAUCAUCCAAGACACACUUACCACACUUCAAGCUACUCCACCUUCAAGCUGAUCAUCAUCUAGGCAAGUAGCUUGUGUGUGCUCUUUUCCUAACCUUUGGUUUUGUCCCACUGGGUUUUCCAAAGGAAGGUUUUUAACGAGGCCACAAGUCUACUUCUCCUAUCUCCUAGAUGAUUGAUCUUGGUCUGUCCACAUGAAGACCUUAUGUUAUAUAUUAAGCUAUGUUUUUAUGUUAUUUAGUUUUCGAAAACUCUUAAGUCCUGGUCUUUGUUGUAUUUUCGAGAGGAGCCUAUGUCUUUACUCCUUUUCUUAUGUUUUCGAGAAGCUGUGCAUGUACAGCCUUCUCCCUUUAUAUGCUGGAUGAAAUUGAGUAAUAAAUAAUCAUCUUUUCAGUCAAAAA